AUGACGGAGACCAAGACGACGCUGGUCUGGCACGCUCGAUCACGGGGGGUGACAGUCACGGCCGUGGCCAUCCGCCUGCCCGAGCAGCUCGAGAACGUGGACGCCCUCGUGUUGCCUGGUGGCGAGAGCACGACGAUUGGCAAAGUGGCUGUGCGCUGGGGCCUCGUGGAGCCACUGAAGAAGUGGGUGGCCGACGGUCGCCCCAUUUGGGGCACGUGCGCUGGCAUGAUCAUGCUCAGCCAGCACGCCAAGCACACGGAAGAGGGCGGCCAGACGCUGAUCGGCGGGCUCGACGUCCAAGUGUCGCGCAACUUUUUCGGUGCGCAAGUCCAUAGCUUUGAGAUGCUCGUGGACGGCCCACCGGGCUUUAACGACCAGCCCUACAAUGCUGUGUUUAUCCGUGCACCUGCGAUCAUUUCGGUGGGGGAAGAGAUUGAGGUGCUCUCUCGAGUCGCUGGCGCGACGCCCGCAGACGGCUCGGACCCGAAAGACGUGAUCGUUGCCGCGCGCAAGGACAAUAUCCUGGUGACCGCCUUUCACCCGGAGAUCACGACCGAUACGCGCUGGCAUCAGUACUUUAUUGAGACGAUUGUCUUGCCUCGAGUGUAG